UGUAUUGCGGUGCACAGAGGCGAAUUAUAUACCUACUGAUUUUUUAUAUUAUUAUCAAAUAAUUAUGAAAACAAUUGAAGAUUUAGAAAAAGAAAUAAAAGGCGUUGAUAAAGAGCUUAUAAAAGUAGACGCCGAGUUGGCCAAAUGGAAAAAUCUACAGAGGCAAUUACACGAGAAGAAAGUUUCGCUGAAAAAAUCUAUAAACAAGUUGAAAUCUGAAUCUUUAGCCAGUGUCGACUGGGGAGGGAAUACUUAUGAAUGGUCAGAAGACGUUAAGAGGACUCUUAAGGAUAUUUUCAAGAUCGAUUCAUUCAGACCAAAGCAGUUAAGUGCGAUUAAUUCGACGUUAAGUGGACAACAUGCGUUAGUGGUUAUGCCGACAGGUGCCGGCAAAAGUCUCUGUUACCAGCUCCCAGCACUUGUCAAACCAGGCAUUACUCUUGUCAUAUCUCCUCUGGUAUCACUUAUGGAGGAUCAGGUAAGGUCUUUGACCAACAAGAACAUUCCAGCAAUGCUAAUGACUAGUACUAGCUCCAAAGACGACACUGCUGCCGCAUUGAAUGCACUAAAAGACAAAAAUACACAAAUAAAGCUUUUAUACGUCACACCAGAACGCCUAGCUAAAAGUAAACGCUUUAUGGCCAACCUACAGAAGUGUCAUGCUGAUGGUAGAUUACAGAGAAUCGCUAUUGACGAAGUCCAUUGUUGUUCACAAUGGGGCCACGACUUUAGACCAGACUACAAAUACCUAGGUAUAUUGUCUAAUAUGUUCUCCAAUGUUCCGAUUCUCGGUUUAACUGCGACAGCCACAGCACAUGUUUUGACUGAUGUACAAAAAAUACUCAACAUCUCUGGAUGUUUGGUUAUCAAGUCUACAUUUAAUAGACCUAAUUUAUAUUACAAGAUAUUAGAAAAGCCUACAUCCCAAGAUGACUGUUUAACUAUACUUGAAAAAUUGCUGAAGCAUAGAUACAAAGGAGAGAGUGGUAUAAUUUAUACUAACAGUAUUAAAGACUCGGAAGAUCUUGCAGAAGGGUUAAGAAAGAGAGGGCUCAAAGUUGGAUGUUACCAUGCAAAUAUGGAAUCUGAAACAAGAUCAAAGGUCCAUUUGAAAUGGCAUCAAAAAUACUAUCAAGCAAUUGUUGCUACUGUUGCAUUUGGUAUGGGUAUUGAUAAGCCAGAUGUUAGGUUUGUUAUUCAUCACACAAUUAGUAAAUCCAUGGAGAAUUACUAUCAAGAGAGUGGGAGAGCUGGAAGAGAUAGCCGCAGGGCGGAAUGUGUAACUUUAUACAGAAUGCAAGAUAUAUUCAAAGUGAGCUCAAUGGUUUUCUCCUCGGUCGGGAGACUAGAUCAUUUGUAUGGAAUGGUCAAGUAUUGUUUAAAUGGAACUUUUUGUAGGCGGCAACUAAUAGCAGAGCACUUUGAUGAAGAUUGGGGUGAUGCUGACUGUAACAAAAUGUGUGAUGUGUGUUCAAAUAUGAACACUUCAAGUAGAGAAAUAAGUUUAGAACUACAUUGUAAGACUAUAUCAAGCAUUAUUGACAAUGCUGACAAACAAGAUACAAAAUUAACAGCUCAAAAGCUGCUUGAUGCUUGGUUCUUAAAAGGUCCUGUUGUUUUAAGGCAUAAAGGUAAAGAACCCAACUUUUCUAGAGCUAUAGGUGAAGAUGUGAUUGCUUUUUUGUUGGUUCAAGGGUACUUAAUAGAAGAUUUUCAUUAUACUGCAUAUUCCACAAUAUCCUACAUUAGGAAAGGUCCAAAUAUGGAAGCAAUUGAGGAUGAAAAUUUUGUUUUAAAAAUGCCUGUAAGAAAGUUUACAGAAUUCCAUUUAGAUAGACCAGCACCAACUGAAGAUGAAUUAGUUGUAAAUGGCAAAAGUGAGGUAGGUAAACAAUCUAAAAAAAGAAAGUCCAGUUCUGAGCAAAAACCAAAAAAAUCCAAGACAAUUGUUAUUGAUGAUGAGGAUGAUUAAACUAGCUAUAAUUAAGUUAGCGUCAUCCUUACAUUUAUGAAUACAAGGUAUUCACAUAAUGUAUGGGGGAAUCUUCAGCAUAAUUCAUGUUGAAGAUUAUUAUCAUUGACUUCAAUGCUUGAAUUUGUACCUAAUAAAUAGUUAUUUAAAUUGU